UUACAUCAAUCUAGCAGUCAGCAUCUAUGUAGAUGUUCUUUCCUCCUUUUGUGCAACACCCCUUCCCUCCUACAGACCACCCAAAGCCCUAUAAAUAAUCCAAGGACUGUAUUUUUCCUCCAGAUUUCUCUUCAGACCUCAAAGGAAAAUUAUCAGGCAAAGGAAGGGAGAGAGGGAGAAGGGAAAGUGAGGAGGGGAGAGAGAGAGAGAGAGCAAGAGGAAAGAUGGCUAGUGAAUUCAGAAAGAAAAUCUUCUGGAGGGCAGUGGUGGCCGAGUUCCUGGCCAUGAGCCUUUUUAUUUUUAUCAGCAUUGGCUCGGCUCUGGGCUUCAACUUCCCCGUGGUGGCCAACAAAACAUCGACGAGGUCUCAGGACAACGUGAAGGUUUCUCUGGCUUUCGGGUUAUCCAUUGCUACCAUGGCACAGAGCGUGGGCCACAUCAGUGGGGCACACCUGAACCCUGCUGUCACCCUGGGGCUGCUGCUCAGCUGCCAGAUCAGCAUCUUCAAGGCUCUCAUGUACAUCCUCGCCCAGUGCCUGGGGGCAGUGGUGGCCACAGCCAUUCUCUCGGGAGUCACCUCCUCUCUCCCAGGAAACUCCCUGGGGCUUAAUGCUCUUUCAGAGGGAAUCAAUGCAGGCCAAGGGCUGGGAAUUGAGAUCAUUGCCACCUUCCAGCUGGUGCUGUGUGUCCUGGCCACCACAGACCGGAGAAGGAACGACGUCUCGGGAUCGGCGCCUUUGGCCAUUGGUCUCUCCGUUGCCUUGGGACAUCUUCUGGCUAUUGAUUACACCGGCUGUGGGAUUAACCCAGCCAGAUCUUUUGGCUCAGCGCUCAUCGCCAACAACUUUGAAAAUCACUGGAUUUUCUGGGUUGGCCCAAUCAUUGGAGGAGCAAGUGCUGCCCUGAUUUACGACUUCAUCCUGGCACCCAGAACCAGCGACCUCACCGACCGCAUGAAGGUGUGGACCAGUGGCCAAGUAGAAGAGUAUGACCUGGAAGGGGAUGAUAUGAACUCCCGGGUUGAAAUGAAGCCAAAAUAAAGAAGGGCAUGGAGAGAGGGGGGGGAAAAAACAGAAGUUUAAAAAAAAAAAAAAAAAAAAAAGCAGCACAUUGGUUUCCGAAGAUUUUAUCAGUGUUAUAGACUCUUUGUAAACCAGCAAGCAGUACUUUGGUUUUUUAAUUCAAUACAGUUUUCCCUUUUUUGUUUUGUUUUUUUUUCCCCCCAGUCCUAAUAGCAUUUUUUAUAUCUGGGGUUUUUUAAUUACAGAGUCUUUAUGUUGAGAAGUCAUGACCUAAAUAAAUUGGUUUAACCCUUCCCUUGGUACCACCCAAUUUUGAGGUGUAUUUAGCGUGGGAGGUUCUCCUGCCACAUCACUCACUAAUGAUAAGCAGUUCCAAUGACCAGUUUAUAUCCUGAAAGAAUAGAUAUUGAGGACAGAGAACCUCAUGUAUCAAUAACAGAGGCCUUACACCUGAAAAAACAGUAUUUAUAAAAAAAUGCAAGGCUGGCAUCUAAUGCCAGCAAUGAAUGGGAAAAAAACCAGUCUCAUAUCAGUGUCCAAAAGCAUCUUGAGGAAGGAAAGGUGACUAAAGAUUAGUUGCUAUGUGAAAUUACCCAUAAUUUCCUAAAUGAUUGAUCAUCUUUGAGAAAGAGGGUCAGAAAAGUUAACCAGGGUAAGAAUUUCCAGAGUCACAGGAUCUUUCAGAUUUUCUAGUGUUUCAUUUUCCCUGAUCCUGCAUUCAGUUGCUUGUGAGGGGAGAAUACAUGUGACAAAAAAAAAAUAUAGAUAUAUUAACUCCUGGGAAGUAAUAACUAGAAGUCAAAUUGGAGAGUAGCAACCACAAUGGCAGCAAGAGUGAUGUGGUGCCAGUGUGUAAACAGGAUCUGAUGGUUCCUGUGACUACUCUGUGUAAUUUAUCCUGUGAUUUAAAGCAAAACAAGGAGAAAAGAAGUGCCCUUUCUUUCUCUCUGACCCCAUUCCAAUAGCCAGCUCUGUGACAUUCAGGGACCACAAACAGAUUUACACAUGGUAUAUUUUCUAAUGAGGGACAAAUACAUACCUGUUAGUCCAUUUUGGGGGUGGUUGCUUUGUUUUUUUAUAUAUAUAUAUAUAUAUAUAAAUGUUUAUAUAUAUGUUUUAUACAGAAAGCCUAGUGUACUGUUUUGUAAGAAAAUAAGAGCAUAAAGACAAGUGGAAAGAUUUGCAGCAGUUCUUAGCGAAAUAAACAACACUGGAAACAAGAAAGAAAAUUAACACUCUAAAUGACAUGGAAGAUUAUGUUCUGUUUAAAUUUGUGUGUGUGUGUGUGCUACUUAUGAUUUCCUGAGUUACCCAAAGCAUUAGCUGGUCUUACCUACUAACUGUAGAAUAUAGUUAAAGCAGACACGUGCUGAUAUACUUGUUCUGCACUAAGCAGUUUUCCAUAAGAAACGAGGCCCAGAGGAACAGACAGAAAAUCAGCACAUUCCAGCAUUCAGCAAAAACCCCCAGAGGUAAUGGGAUGGAUUCUCCUCUCUGAGAGACAGUGUGGGAUUAGGAGGUGAGGUAGGAUUGGCAUAGGAAUCUGUAUGGGUUGGAUCAUUUAAUCAACUUGAGCAGAUGGACAACGAAAAAAGAAUAAAAAUUAAAAUCACCAACAAAAUUAACCAGAAUAUAUUUUAUCUUUCUUGCCUACGUUUGGUGUGCUAUCCCAUGUAUUGCCUAUGUACAUAGAGCAUGAUUGGAUUUUGGGGUGGUUUAAAAAUAAACAAAAUCAGUUGUGCUAACAUA